AUGUUUCUUCAGGACGCUGACCUUUCCAGUGCUGUGAAGUCGGCGGAGGCCUUGGUCAAGACGUAUGCUUCUAAAGGUACGGAUUUCAAAAAUGAUUUUCGUGAUAAAAUAUAUGACGAUUCCAGAGACGCUUCGAGUGGUAGACGCGCCGAAUACAGAAACGGCCUGCGUGUUAACAGGCCUGUGAAGUAUGAAGACAAGGAGGAUUUUAAGGACCUGAAUGCUGAGUUAAGAUUAAAAAUAGAGACGGCGAUCGAUAAUAUUGUUCAUGAAGGUAAGCGUCUCGGUGAACUGUCGGCCAAGGAAAAAACAGACUUGGAAAUGAUUCAAACGAUCAAUGAUUCUUUGGGUGGGCUAAAGAGAUGUGUGACUAAGAAAUUAAUGAGGAUGUUAUGGCUCUUGUUCGGCAGGUGA